AUGGUGGUGUUUAACGGGACUUUCCGUCUGAAGGUUUGUGAGGCUGUGGAUCUGAAACCUACUGAUUUCGCUACGCGGUUCGCCAGCAGCAGCAGCAAGGAUGCUGCGAAGGCGGCUUCAGCAUCAAUUGAUCCUUUCAUCGAAGUCAGUGUUGAUGACGUACAUGUUGGAAAGACAACCAUCAAACAAAAGACCUUUGCUCCCACUUGGAAUGAAGAAUUUGAAUCCAAAAUUCAAAAUGGAGAGAACCUGAUAUUUACGGUUUAUAAUAACUCAAUGAUUAAGUCUGAAUUUGUUGCAAACUGCACGGUUGCAAUCGAAGACCUGAUUCAAAAUGCUACAAGUCCCAGCAAUCCACUCAAUUCGGACAUCUGGUUUUGA